ACACAUAUAUAUCUUGUAUGAUUCUCCACCAUUCCCCUUCCUCCGAGUAAAAAAUAAGAAGUCAGCAGAUAGCCGCCAAUCUUGAAAAUGGUUCAACGUCUCACAUACCGCAGGCGCCACAGCUACGCCACCAAAUCAAACGUACAUCGUACCGUCGUAACCCCAGGUGGAAAGUUAGUGUAUCAGACUACUAAAAAGAGGGCAAGUGGACCUAAAUGCCCUGUUACUGGCAAAAGAAUCCAAGGGAUUCCACACUUGAGGCCGACUGAAUACAAGAGGUCAAGAUUACCCAGGAACAGAAGAACUGUCAACCGUGCUUAUGGUGGUGUGUUGUCUGCAGGGGCUGUACGUGAAAGGAUUGUUAGGGCCUUUUUGGUUGAAGAACAAAAGAUUGUGAAGAAGGUUUUGAAGAUUCAGAAACAAAAAGAAAAAACCGCCUCCAAGAGUUAGAAUUUAUAAUAAUGUGUCUGAAUCAAUGUAUUUUUUCUUUUGAAACCUUUGGAGUUUGUUUUGGAUACAAACUAUUGUUACAUGUGAAUGCCUUUUUUUUUAGUAUGAUAUUUGCCUUGUCAUGAAUCAAAA